AUGGGGGCUUCUACCUUCGUCUCUGCCGGCGGUGCGGCUCUCCGGCCGAUCGCCGGGCGCUCUCUCAUCCACAUCCGAUCUCAGCUCCGUGCCAUUCCGGCCGCCGCAGCUGCAUCCCGGUCAACGACACCGGCAUUAACUUCACUGCAUCCAACACAACUGUCACGUCACUUUUCAGCCUGGACGAACCGGCGAACGACACCAACAUCACCACCCGCACUCUCCUCCUCAACCACACGUCACCAUCGCCUUAAGUCAACGACGACUUCCACCACCGUCCCCCAUCCCCAUCGCCCACCCAACCGGAAAUCCUCCACCUUCAUAAGCCCCCGCUACCUCCCCGUCCUCCUCCUCCUAGCAGUAGGCGGCAUAGCGUGGGACGCUCAAUGGCUCUUCCCCUCCACGCCCCAAUCCAACGACCCAGCCGAGCAAACAGCCCUCGGCCCAGCCCGCAAAUUCAUCCCCUUCGACGUCGUCGCCCGCGAGCAGGUCUCCCCGACCUCCUUCAUCCUAACCCUCAAGGCACCGCCGUCCCACUCCAGCAGCAACGUCGCGAGCGUAUCCUCCCUCUGGGACAUCUUCGACCUCUGGUGCGUGGAGGUGAAGCAGCCCCAGAUCCAGGUCGCGAGGGAGUACACUCCCCUGCCCCCUAUCCCGGGCUCCUCAUAUGACGAGGAUACUCUCCGCCUCUACGUUCGUGCUGUGCGAGGGGGUGAAGUCUCGACGUACCUAAGCCGUCUAGCACCCCCUUCUUCCUCUUCUUCAUCAUCAGACGGCACCGCAACAAAGGGCGAUAAAGUUGAACUCCGCGGCCCACACGGCGAAUUCGACCUCCGCUCCCGCUUAGGCAAACGAGGCGACCGCGUUGUGUUUCUCGCGGGCGGAACGGGCAUCGCCAGCGCACUACAAGCAGCGCACGCCGUUCUCCCGCUCGCAGACGGACCGUCCAUGACCAUCUUCUGGGCCGUCAGGAGCCGCGAUGAGAUUCGGGAGCAGCUGGCCGGGGGCCACGCCGUGCCGUCACAGGUGAAGCCGUCAUCAUCGUCGUCGUCCGGGAGCUGGUGGAACCCCUUCUCAUCAUCACCCAAAAACGCCCCCGGAUCCCAAGCCGAGGCCCUCCUCUCCGCAGAUACACUCGCCGCCCCCUCGCCCAUAAGCAGAGACCUCCUCGCCCUCAAAGUAAAGUACGGCGACAGGCUCGACGUCCGCGUGGUAGUAGACCAAGAAGGCACCGCCGUCCGCGAAGCAGACCUCGCCGCGGCGCUCACUCUCCAAUCCUCCCCCAGGACCUCUGCUGCACACUUCGGCAUGGUCGACGGCGCGCCCAACGCCGGGAAGAGAAGCCUCUUCAAGCAGGACGACUGCGCUUGCUCCGCCGACGACGCCGCGCCGCGGGGCAAGAACCUCUUUGUGGUUUCCGGGCCCGAGGGGUUUGUGCAAGCGUACGCGGGCGCCAAGCUGUGGCGGGACGGUGGGCAGCUGCAAGGGCCUGUGGGGGGUAUGUUGGGCGCGAUGCAGAGGCGGAACCCGGAUAUCUUGAAGGACUGGAUUGUUCUCAAGUUGUAA